AUGUUAAGUUGCAGUCUCAAAUGUAGUAUGUUGCCUUGUGUACACAUACAGAAUUCAAAGAAUGAAGUAAAUAUCGAAGACUCCAAGGAAAAUAGUUCGCCGCAAAGCGAUAAAAAUGAUGCAGAUAUCAAUGAAUUGAAUAAUACUAGUAACGACAAUAAUAAUAUGUGUGAUAAAUCGUCAGACGAUUUAAAUUUAAACAUCGAUCCGUGUUAUACCAAUUCUAUUAAUAUAAAUUCUAACAUGGAUAAUAUAAAUAUGAAUGAGGAUUCUAAUGAAAACAUGGAUACAUAUAUAAAUACAACUAUGAAUCAUAAUGCAAAUUCAAGCACAGAUUCCCAUAGGAAUGACGAUUUUAAAUUUAAUAUGAAAAUAAAUUUAAGCGCAUAUCGAAAUAUUUAUGAAAAGGGGAAGGAUAAUGCGCAGCCCAAAAAAUAUAAUUCAUCUGUUCAAAAGGGUAGUAAAGGAAUUUUAUUAAAUACAUAUAAUUAUUAUUUUUAUAACAAUUUUGGUGAUAUAAAUAAAAGAAAUAAAAAAAGAGAAGACGGUGUAAAUACUUAUUUUUAUAAAAAGGUAUCUCGUAAUGUACCUAACUGUUAUGAAAAUGAAAGCAGUCAAAAUGAUAGCGAUGAUGAUAAUGCUGAAAAAUCAAAUUUACACAAUUCGAAAAAUUAUAAUUGCAAUAAACAAUUUUUCGGAAUAAAUUCUUACGAUAAAGUCUUUUUAAAAGAGUUAAAAAUAACUAAUAUAGAUAAUAAGUAUAAAAAAAGGAACGUCAAAAAAUAUUCUAUUCCCUUCGAGCCAAAUUUUUAUAAUAGUCGAUUUUUUUUUUCUGAUAAAAAUAUAAAUGAAAAUUAUAUUGAAAAUAGUAAAAAUACAAAAGUUAUCAACCAUUUAUCCGUCAAUAAUAAUGAUGAUAAUAAUAUUGAGAGUUACAAUGACAUUGAACAUUAUUCAUAUGCUUUACAGUUUGAAGGGCCACCUCCCCAUUUUUUAAUACUAAAACGGAAUAAUAUAACAAACCAUUCAACUGUGGUUAAGAAAAUAUCUAUAAAUAAAAAUAUUUCUUUUAAUCUUUCCAAGUUUAUUGCAGAAAAAUACAUACAUAUAUUAAAUAAAAAUAUAAAAAGGAUUGAGAAAAGGCUGAACAGGUUAGAAAUCAAUAAAAAUGUCAAUAAUAAUAGCAAUAGCAAUCAUAAUUCUAUUGGAGAUGUUAACGAAUGUGACAAAGUAAAUAAUGCUAGUAACAAUGAAUGUGUUUCUGAUAACAAUAGUAACAGUCUCAUAGAUAGUAACAAUCAUAAUGGUUUGGAUAACCAAAAAAGUGAUGACUAUAAUAAUAGUACAUAUUCUGAAAGUAAUAGAAAUAGUUAUAAUAGUACGAGUUCUAAAAAUUAUGAUGAAAACAAUAAUAAUAAUGAUAUGAAUAAUAAUAGUUCUUUGAAUAGGGAUGACAAUACUGCUAAUAAUAAUGUGAAUAUUAGCUUUGCAAAUAGUGAAAAUGACAAUGAUUGUAAUAAAGCAAAUCCUGAGUGUGAUACAAAUAAAAAUAAUGAAUAUUCAAAAUUUCCCUUAAAUAGUCCCCCUGACAAUAUAGAUAUAAAUUAUUUAAAUUAUGAAGAUGAACAUAUGGGAAAUUCAUAUGAUGAACAAAUGUUUACAAAUGAAUGUUUAAAUAUUGAUUUGGAUAAUAUUGUUUUUAACUCAGAUGCAGAGGGAUAUAUAAAAUUUUUGAAUAAUGUAAAAAUAUAUGUUUUACAAAGAAUAGAAGAUGAAAAUAACAUUCCUUUAGAUGCAAAAAAACUCCUUGGAAAUAAACUGGUUAUUUUGGUAAAAAUGAAACAAGGAUUUUGUGUAAAAUCAAAAACAUUUAUUUUUGAAAAUGUGAAAGGCAUAGAAAACGAAUAUAAGUAUAAAAACAAAAAUGAUAAUAAUAGCUCUAAUUGUUUGGAGAUCAAAGUAGAAAAAUUUAGUGAUCACGAUUCUUUGAAUAGUAGUAAAAGUGUCAAAGGCAUGAAUAUUUCGAACGUGUGCAAUAAUAGUAAUAAUAAUGAUGAGACAAACAGCGAGAAUGCCAAUGGAAUAACAUGUGAAGAUGAUAAAGAAAGCAAUAAAUAUGUGGGUUCAAAUGGCAAGGAUCAGCAUAACGAUAAUGAUUUAUAUAAUAUUAUUAUAAAAGAAGAAGUUCCUGACAAAGAAACUGGAAAUAAUUAUAACAACGAUAAAGACGUAAUUAUAAAAUGCGAACCAGAAGAUAAGAAUGUAAAUUCAGAUAAUAUUUUGGAUAGUGAUGCAAAUAACGAAACACAGGAGAAAGAAUUAUCAGAAAAUUAUAAAAAACAAAUAUACAAUUUUAUACAUGAUAAUAUAUAUAUAAAUUCAUAUAUUUAUGACAGUUUUGAAAAUACUUAUAUGAAUAAGAAUUUUUUUAAAAAUGAUGUUAUUAUAGUUAAUAUGGAAUGCCCAAAUGAUGAGAUCAUAGAUGAUGCCCCAUAUUAUAUAUAUGAAUUAAAUAAAUUUGUAUUUAUAAAAUUUGUAAAAUAUGAGAAUUAUAUAAAAAAAAAUCACAAAAUAGCCAAAGGAUAUAUAGAAUAUUUACUUCAAAGUAAUAUAAAGUGUAUAAAUAAUUAUAUGAUAGGUAUAAGAUGGAUACCUGAUUUGUUUUCUUAUGAAUAUUAUGUUUGCAAAAUUACUGAAAAGGACAUAACAUCUAGAGAUAAUUUAACGAAUGUAAAAUAUAAUUAUUCUUUAAUAUCAGAAAAGGACUCAAAUGAAGAACCGCUAAAAUAUUUAAUAGAUUAUGAGAAUAAACCAAUUGAUAGUGUUUUAGGGGUUUUACAUGAAUAUUAUCAAGCAAGUUUAUUUACAGAGAAAUGUAUUUAUAAUUUGUUUAAACUAGUAUUAUUACGCAUUAGUAUGUAUAUAUACGUUUUUAAUUCAAAAGUUAUUACAUUAGACUUGGAUAAAGCUAUGUAUAGAAUGAAAAAGUUUUCAGAGCCGAUAAGUUUACUUGAUGAUAAUGGACUGGAAGAAGAUGAUAAAAUAAAUACAAAGCGUGACCACACUGACGUUCUUCUUGAUAAUGUUACUGACAAAAAUUAUAAUAGUGAGGAAAUAAAUAAAAGCGAUAAUUAUUUCAAUACAAUUAUAAAUCAGAAAAAUGAAAAUAACAGUUAUAACAGUGUCAAUGAUGGAGACCCAACUGGUAUAGAUAAUAACGAUAAUGAAAAAAACAAAGGAGAAAGCACAUCAGACAAUGACACUAAUAAUGCUAUCAAUAAUGGGGAAUGGAUACAUGACAAUAACAGUAAUAUCAACUACAAUGAGAUACUUAUUAAGCAAGCAGAAUAUGAGCAAGACAAAUAUUUUCAAAAUAAGUUACGAAAUAAAAAAAAAGUAAGUUAUAAUUUAGAUAAUAUAUCUUUAUCAUUGAGAAAUAAGGAUAAACCUAGUAGUAGUAAGUUUGGAAUAUUAAAGGAAAAUGGGGUAAAUAAUCACAAUAAUAUUUUUACAAAAUACUAUACACCAUCAGCUGAUAACAAGAUUGCGACUAUAAACAAUAAUGAUGGUAUUAGUAAAGGGAAUGGAAUUUUAAACAAAAGAGGAUAUAAUUCUAAUACAAGCGAUAUUAGUGAUGGGUCUCAUUUAACAACCAAACAUAAAUAUCAUUUACGUAGUAAUAAUGCUCAAUCUACGGAUAAUUAUUCUUCUGAAGAAAAUGCAUCACGAAAUAAUUUAGAAGGUCGAAAUAAAAUCGUUAGAAAUAGAACGCUAUAUAAAAUGAUGAACAAAACUGGACUUAUAGAGCCAUAUUGGUGGUUUUUUUAUAACUUAUAUGAAAAUGCAACAAUAAAAGACAAUAAUAUGAUUGAAGAAUGCAGCAAUACUCGAAGUGGGAAAAACUUUAAUCUGACAAAAAAUGAAUCUGCAUUUCGAUCUGGGGAAAAGAAAAUGAAAGUAUUUAGCAAAUUUGAUAAUGAAUCUUCUCUGAAAAAAAAAGAAAGGACGAGCAAAUUGAUAUAUAAUAAAUUAUUAGAAAAGAAGUACAAUAGUAAUUUGUUAAACCAUAUAUUUGAAAAGAGAAAAAAAGUAAAAGUGAAAUAUAUUUCCAUGGUUCAUGAUGUGAUAUAUAAAAAAUUUAUUUUAUUAAAUAACACAAUAUUUCCACGAAAUGUGCAUGAAUCUGAAAUAUUAUAUGCAUUAUUUCCUCACGAACCUCAAACAUUUAUGUUUUUAUAUACUAAUGAUGAUUACCAAUAUCAGAAUGAGGUGUUUUUAAAAAACAUAAGUUAUAAUGAAUAUAUAAUGGCAAGUAAUAAUAAUCACUUAACUGGAAAUACUCAAAGGGGGUUAUUAGGAGAUAUUAGUAACAAUAUUGACAUUAAUUAUUAUGGAGAUGGUAUACUACCAAUAGAUGGGAAAUAUAUAUUGGAUCAUAUUAAUACAAAUUCAAGCAGAGUGAUUGGGAAAGAUUUUGGAGUGGAUCAUUUAAUAUUAGGUGGGGGUGGUGGUGAUGUAAAUGUGAAUAUGAUAAAUUAUGAUGGCGAUUCAUCGAAUUUGUUAUUUUCCACAUAUAAUAAUUUGAAAUUCAAUAAUAUUCCUAAUUAUGAUAAAAUAAAAAAGGGUUCAAUGAAUGCAGAAGGAAUUGGUAAUUAUAAAAAUCGUUUUAUGGAUAAUUAUAAUAUUUUAUUAAGUAAUGGAAAUGAUUGUUUAAAUAAUAUUAGUAUUGGAUAUAAUGAUAUUAAUAAUAAUUUUGGAUACAUAAGCAAUAUUGGUUAUGAUAUUGGUGGUGAUGGUACUAAUGAAUUGAUUGAAAAUAGCUUUUUACAAAAUCCAUCAUCUGGAUAUCAUAAAGAUUUUGAUUUUGAAAAAAAGAAUACCAAAAAGAAUAAUAAUGAUAAUUAUUAUUAUUACAAUUAUUUUGUAAAUGGCGAAAAAGGUGGUAAAGCUCGAAAUAAUAAUAAUUCUAAAAGAAGUGUAUCUAAUGCCAAUUUUGGUAGAGAAGGUGUUGGUAGUAGAUAUUAUGACAAUUAUGGUGAUGAUGAAAAUAAGAAAAAUAAAAGUGAUUAUGAUAUGCCAUUAGUUAAGAAAAGGAAAGGUAGCAGCAAAAGGGCAAAAAGUAACAAUUUGCCAAAUGUAAGAAAUUAUGAUACUUUGUAUCAUAGUAACAAAGUUGAGUCAAAUGCUAGUGGAAAUAACAAUAACGACACAUCACUAAUACCUAUGGGUCCAUUACCAACUGGUGUUUAUUUUGAUUCUGCAAGAAAGUUAUGGAGAUGUCAAUGGAAAGAAAAUGGUAAAUUCAAAACAAAAGGAUUUAGUUUGAUACAUUAUAAUACGUUAGAAGAAGCAAGAAAACAGUGCAUUAUUUAUAGAUGUGAUGUAGGAAAUAUUCCCGUAAAAAGUGAAUGGUUAAAUCCAGUAUAUGUUAAUUCAUCUUAUUUUUAUAAUAAGAAAUGCGCAAGUAGUAGCAAUAAUAACAAUAAUAGUGUAAACUUUGGAACGCCACAUAAAGAAUUAAAAGCAAGCUCAUUAAAUUUAAGUAGUUUAAAAGAUAAAACAGAUAGACUUUCGGGACUGAGAGGAGUUGAUGGAGGCUCCUCAAAAGUAUUUGUAUAUGGUUCUAGCAAAGAUUCAAGUGAUAAUUAUUACGAAGGAAAUAAUAACAAUGCUAAUAAUAAUGUAAAUGGACGUACCAGAUAUAGUACUAGAAAUAACACAGCACCUAGCGAAUCUCGUGCAGCAAAUAAUGAUAGCAUAGAUGAAAUAGAUAUAUCAAUUUUAAAAGAAUUUGUUCAAAGAAAUAAAAAGAGUGACACGUAUGAAAAAUCAGGCAAAGAAUUAAAUGGAUAUAAUACUAAACACAAUUAUUAUUAUGAUUAUGAUAAGAUAAAAAAUGUAAUUCCAAAUGAAUUAGAUGAACAGAAUGAUGAUGAUAAUAUUGACAUGCAAAUAUUAAAACGAAAUAAACAUGUAAAAAGCAAUGAUGCUACCAAUAUAAAUUCAAAUUAUAAUGUUGAAAUAAACGGAGAUAUAAAAGAGGGUAAUUAUAGAAAUAACUACAUAUCCGAUUUAAGUAAUAAUUUAGGGAACAAUGUUGACAGGGAAAAUGAUAUGAAUAACAUGUUUAAAAAUAAUUACCAGGAUAAAUUGGCUAAUGGCGCAUCGAAUUCGUUUUGUUUGAAUGUAAAGAACGAAAACAAUGAGGGUGUAAAGAGUCAAAAUACUGAAGAAAAACUAAAAUCCGGAUUUCAGGCAUUACUAAAUAUGCUGCGUUUUAAGAAUAAGAAAGGAACACCAAAUGGGUCGAGCAAUAAUACGACAAACUUGUCAAAUGGUAUAGAUAAAAAUGUGUCUUAUUUAAUUGGGGAUAAUAAAAAUAAUGAAAAGAAUAACAGCAAGUUAAUAAAUGGAGGAUAUAGUGUGAAUAGUAAUGGUAGUGAUAUUGGCGAUGGCGAACAAAAUGGGCAUCGCGAAGGGGCAGGAAUUCAUUUAGUCGGCGCGAAUGAAGAAAAAUCAUAUCCUGAUGAUGGUGAAGAAUAUUUAGAUAAUAAUAAUAAUAAUAAUAAUAACAGCAGUACUAGUAGUAAUAAUAGUAACAAUCUAUAUGAUAAUAUAAAAAAAAAAAAUAAUGAUUUGGAAAAACUUAGCAAUCUUGGUGAGAUAGGUAAAUAUUCUAUGGAUUUUUUAAAAUUUAUUAACGUUAAAAAUAAUAAGAAUAACUAUGAUUUGCAAUCUAAUUUAAAAAAUGGAUAUAAUGGGAUGUUACCCGACUUUUUAUCUGGCAUCAAUGGAAAUGAAAUAGCUUUAAAUAUAAUAAACAGAGGGAAGAAAAAUAGUACUAAUAGUAAUGUCAAUAAUAUUAGAGAAGAGAGUAAUGGAAAAUUGGAUAAUAAUAAUAAAGAAGAGUUUGGAUAUAAUAAUGAUGGUUCUGAAGUAUUUUUUAAUGAUAUUCAGAACUUUUUAAAUUUUGCAAAGAGAGAUAAUCCCCCUUCUGGUAAUAACAGCGAAUUUAUGAACAAGUUAGAAAAUAUUGGGAAUAGAAAUAUGUUAAUAAAUUAUUCCAAAGGAAGUAGUAAAACAAAAAAAAACGCUCAACACAAUAGUAAUAAUAAUGAUAUAUAUGAAAAAAUGAAGUACAACAAUAAUUGCAUUGGGUUAAGUAGCAAUGGGAAUAUAUAUGGUCCUGAUGAAGAUAUUCACCAUUCUGGUAAUAAUAACAAUAAUAAUAAUAAUAAUAGCAAUAAUAAUAAUAAUAGCAAUAAUAAUAGUAAUAAAAAUAAUAAUAGUAAUAAAAAUAAUAAUAGUAAUAAGAAUAGUAAUAAUAAUAAUAAUAAUAUUAAAUAUGUGUACCUACUUGAUAAGGAUGGGAAAUAUGAGCAACCGAUUAGUAGUAAUAAUAAAAACAAUAAUUCUGAAGAAUUUUUUUUAAGACAUUUAAAGUUGUUUACAAAGGAAGGAAAAGGAAUGAGUAAUAAUAAUGAUAAUAAUGCAAAUUCUGAAGAAGUGAAAUAUAAGUUGGGAGAAAAUAGUAAGCAAACAUUGGAUUACGGAAAUGCUGAAAAGGAGACAAAUGAUUAUAACACUCGUAAAAAGAAAAAAGGAAAUACGUUUUAUGAAAAUAAUGAUGAUUAUUAUUAUUAUGAUGAAAAUUCCAACGAAUAUUUUAACAACUUCAUGGAUAAUUAUAAUGAGAAAUAUAAUAAUGAUGAUGGAUAUAAUAAUGGAGUAAAUUUUGAGAAUAAAUUAUUGAAUGAUAUGGAUUAUAUAGAUUCUGGAUAUGGUAAUAAAAAAUCUAAAAAAAAGUUUAAUAGUUAUAUGGAUUCAAGUAUGGUUGUUAAUAAUAAUGUGCCUGAAACUGAAACGAAGCAUAUUGAAGAUAUGGCCAAUAUGAACAAUAGUAUGAAUAACACUAAUAAUAAUAUUGUUGGUAAUGAAAAUAAUGGCAUUAAAAAAGGAAAUACUAGGUGCGAGGGCAAUUCUAACAUAGAUAUAAAUUUAAUAAAACAAUCAUUGCCCAAGGGUAUAUAUUAUGACCAUGCUAAAAAAUUGUAUAGAGUCCAAUAUAUUGUUAACAAUUCAAUUAAGACUAAAGGUUUUAGCGUAAAGAAAUUAGGUUUAGCUGAGGCAAAACUUGAAGCGGAAUCUUUUAGAAAUUUUUGUUUAGAGAAUGGGUUACUAAACUCGCGUAAAAGACGAAUAAAUUCCCCUUAUAAUAAUAAAAAAGAUGAAAAGAAUUUUAAAAUACUGAAAGAUGAUGAUGAAAUAUUGUCUAACUUAUUGUAUUUAUACAAUUCAAAUGCCAAGGACCAGGCUUUAUCUCCGUGA